UUCACGUGUUACGCAUGGUUCCGGCAUCAUUGUGGUAGAAAUGUGUUUGAUUGGCAGUGAGGUGAAGACAAUUAUGGUUAAGCCAACUUAGUUAACACAUUUUAAACCCCCGAGUCUCUCAGGAAGGGACUGAAAGGAACCUGAAGGUGACUGGAGACGUCCGACCCGGGCUCCGCCACAGACGCGUCCGUCAUGGAGAGCCAAAAAUACUCGGCCUUAUAUAUGGGCCACACGGUGGUGAGCAGCGGCUACAGCAAACACCUCAUCCCGUGGGUCGUCAAGGAGGUUGUCAAGCAGGCCAGGUCCGAACAGGUGACGCUGCAGCUGUUCCACGGCUCGCUGGUGGUGGCCGCCUCCUCGAGCCGCGUGGUGGCCAGCCACCCGGUGCUCUCGCUCAGCCACUUCAGCCAGACGGUGGCCGACCCGCGCUGUUUUCUGUACUUCGUCAAGGGCUCGCACGGCUCACACUCCAUGUACCUAUACCAACUGCGCGACAAAGACAUGGUGACCGAGCUGUUCGCCGCCAUCCGGGAGCAUUCGCGGCACACGCAGCAGAUCCAACGCUCUCAGUCGGACGCAUCCGCCAUCAGCAUGUCGCAGCUGCGUCGCGCCUGCGCGGCCGCCGGCGCUGGGAACGGCGCCGCCACGCCACCCGCCGGCCUCAACCCGCAGACGGCCAGCUACUUCGAGGUUCUUUACGUGUGCAAGAUCAAGACCUCGCACCGGAAGGGCCCGCCAUCGUUCAUUGAUGACGCGCUGCAGCAGUUUCACGAAUACAAGAGGAAGACGGCCGGCCUGCAGGGCACGCUGCCCCACCGCGGCACGCCCGAUGACGCCGAAUACGUGCAGGGUGACCACUCGCUGCGCUCGGGCUCCACGGACUCUGUGAACAGCGUGGGCAGCGGGCACGGGGCGGCCGGCGGCGGUGGCGGCGGCGCUCUGCCCGGCGGCCCGGCCGAGCUGGCCGAGGAGGCGGCCGAGCCGGCUCGUCGGGUCACCGAGACGCUCUCAGAGCCGUCAACGCCGAUCGCGGUGCCCAAGAUCGUGCAGAUCCCGGCCACGCCGCAGUCGACGCCGUGCGACCGUCAGCUGUCGACGGUGGCCGAGUCGACCGAGCCCGACGGCGCCGGCCCGUCGUCGCCGGCGGCGGCGUCGGCCGGGCUGCCGCGCUCGGCGUCGGCCGACGGCGAGCCGGCCGAGCACGCCGGCGGCGCCUUCCGCUCGCGCGCCAUGAGUGGCGACACGGCGCGCAUGGUCCGUAGGACGAGUCUGCAUCAGGACGAGGAGAUGCGGAGCCGGGCCAUGUCGGUCGGCUCGUCGCUGGCCCGCCGUCGGCUCAGCUCGCUGGACCACAACUACACGAUGCUCUUCCAAGUGGGCAAGCUGGAGCUGCAGAUGAUCAGUCCCGACAACAAGGCUGUCAAGCUGCACAAGUACUUUAAGGACAUCUCCCAGAUCACUCAGGGGCAGAAGAACAGCGACCACUUCGGCUUCAUCUGCCGCGAGACGCCGGCGGCCGCCGCGGCGCCGGCCGGGUCUGAGGGGUCGCAGGAGGCGCCCCGGGCCGGCCCCGGCGCCGCCAUGCCACCCGCCGCCGGCCACAAGAGCGGAUAUGUCGGCUACAUCUUCCGCUGCCAGAACGACAAGAUCGCCGAGGACGUGAUCAACACGUUGACGCAGGCGUUCCGCAGCGCGUACGACGUGAUCCGCCAGAGCAAGCGGCACAACCAGCAGCACUGCGACUACUGCCCGGCCAGCUGGUUCAACAAGCUGUGCGCCGAGCUGGACGGCCUCGGCCCAGAGGCGAUUCAGGCCGUGAUUGUGCGCGCGCUCGAGUGCCUGCCGGCCGAGGAGCGGCGCGAGCUGCUACUCAAGCUGAGCGGUGCGGAGGCCGUCGACGCCGCCGAGCAGAACGAGCUGCUCAUGUCGCUGCUGCGGUUCCUCUGCGACGAGAAGCAGCGGAAGCACACGCACGUGCCGGCCGGCCAGCUGCCGCCGCUCGGCCACGACAGCUCCAACCUUCUCUUCGACCUCAGCUCAGGUUUGAACAAGGCGAAGCGGUCGCUGACCUCGCGGCUGGAGCAGGUGUGGAAGUACAACCGGGGCCGUGAGGAAACGAAGGAGAACAGCCAACCGGAGCAUUUGGUGCUCCAUCAGCACUCCGCCAGCACCACGCCGGAAGGCUCGCCCUGCCCGACGCCCACCAAGGCCGAGUUCCGGUACGAGUACCCGGCCGACUCGCCGGUCGCCUCCCGACCGCGCAGCUCCACCAUCGCGGGCAGCUCUGGCGAGGGGUAUCGGCGAGAGUACCGCACGAGGAACCUGAACCAGGCGGCCCGCACCGACAGUCCCAUGGUGGCCAUCUUCAAGCGGAUGGGCAACAGCCCGCGCGCCGCCGACACUGGCCGGCCGGGCGGCGACGGUACGCCCCGGCACGCCAACGCCUCCUGGCGGCAGGCCAUCUUCAACAGGAUCCGCACUCCAGGUCAGUCCCGCGCCGCACCCAACGGCCAGCAGGGCGGUGACGAAGAAGACCUGGCGAAAAUAAAUUAG